AUGGUUGUAUGUAGUCUACUACUCUACGGUGCCUACUACUGCCUCGGCAAAGUCGCACAUUACGCCUUUGAUGCGGUACUAAUAUCCGCCUUCCUCGCCGGCGUCCGACGUUCAACUGGCCUCACACCGUACGACUACAAGAUCGGAGCUAAAGCUAAACCCAGUCCCAGUGUAAAGCCAGAUACAUUUGGUGAGAACCCGAGCGCCCAGAAGUGGUUUGAAAGCUACCUUUGGGUCGGCGAGACGGUCAUGGACUCGAGUGUCGCGUUCUUCGGCUCCAGUUCCUACUUUGAGCGCAAGCGAUAG